AUGAACACCCAAACAGCUUCCAACGAGCCAAUCCUGUGCGCCAAUGGAUGCGGCUUCUUUGGAACAGCAGCGACGAUGAAUCUAUGCUCAAAGUGUUACAAAGACCACGUCGUGAACGUGAAGAAGGAUUCUGAUAUAGAUGAGUUGGAGGAGGAGAUGAGCUUAAUUUCAUUAGAAGGGAAAGAAAAAGAGAUAUAUAUUAUGGACUACAUUGAGGCUGAGAAAAAGGAGAGUGAUAUACCCAAGUGUUGGUUCUGUAGGAAGAAGCUUGGAUUGGUGUCAUUUAGCUGUAAAUGUCGGAGAAAUUUCUGUAAGUCUCAUAGGUACCCUGAAGAUCAUCAGUGCAACUAUAAUUAUAAGGUUCUUGGAAGACUUGCAAUUGCUAAGGAUAACCCUCGUGUUGGAGCUGAGAAGUUGCACAAGAUCUGAUGCUUUUGUUUUAGAGACAUGAAAAUUUACAGAUUCUUUCUUUUUUUUUGUGUAAUUUUUAGUUUCUUUUUUGUUUAAUAAGAUGUGAUUUUCCUUUGAGUUCUUUUGUUAUCGAUGGAAAUUAGCAAUAUUAAUUCAUGCUUUGUAGGUAUCAAUGGCUAAAGAGUAAUUUUUACUAUUAAUAUCUGUUUAUUACUUUAUUAUUAAUAUCUUUAAUUAUUCAUUGAUAAUGAUCACAAAAAGUUAUUCAAAAAAUAUACUUCGUAUUUUGAGAUUAACUAAUAAUAUUGUACGUAAUAACAGUUUUUAUAUAUUACCAAAAGAAAAUCGGUGUAUCUUAUAAAGUGCAUAUAUGUAUACUUAGCACUACAUACACGAUACACACCAAGUAGUACUUGUUCUAGUGGUAGAGGCACUUUGAGGGUUGGGAUUCCACUUACCCUUUCCCCUUACUCCCAAGUGCCUGACCCAUUAAGACCCGAGCAAUAUCCGAGCCACUUCUUCGUUCUUACCCAAGAAAAAAACUACGUACAUACA